ACUACCAUAUACUAUGGUUUAUUUUUAAUUAUCUAUGGUCCGCUACCGCAAUAUAAAGGAUUUUGACGUCUCUGCAAAGUAAUCUCACCCGCAAUUUUCACUGCAUCGGUCUCAUUUCGUUGUAAUAUAAAGGUUCACUCCGUCGGCCUCAAGGUCAUAGCAUAUCUACAACCGCAAUUUAAAACCAGGGUAUCAACUUUUUCUUCCCUAUUUAUUUAUUUUUCUCUCAUUAAUCAAAUCUCUUUUCAAGUUUCCACCAUCUAGGUUGUUAAUUUCUUCUGUAGUUUCUCAAUCUCUCUAUGACGCAAUUCACACAUUCACUACCUUAUUUGCACCAAACAACAACAACUUUUUCAAACCCUUCUUCUUCCAUGAACAAAAACAAUCAAGUACCGCCAGAUAAGCCUACUAAACCAUGGUUCCCAACAUCCAAAGCUUUAACUACCUUUGGAGACACAAACUGCAUGGAACAGUUACUUGUUCAUUGCGCAAACGCAAUCGAAACAAACGAUGUAACACUUGCUCAGCAAAUCCUUUGGGUUCUCAAUAACAUAGCACCACAAGACGGUGAUUCAAAUCAACGCUUAGCUUAUAGUUUCCUUAGAGCCCUCACAAAUCGUGCAGUGAAAACCGGUACCUGUAAAAUGCUAGUAGAACAAGUUUAUUCAAAUGCUCAUAACAAUCUCACCAUAGAUACACACAGAUUCUCAGUCAUUGAACUAGCCAACUUCGUGGAUUUAACACCUUGGCAUCGAUUUGGGUACGCAGCUGCUAAUGCAGCAAUUCUGGAAGCAACAGAAGGUUUCUCAGUGAUUCAUAUAGUUGAUUUGAGUUCAACUCAUUGCAUGCAGAUUCCUACAUUAAUCGAUGCUAUUGCUAAUCGCCACGAAGUUGCUCCUUUAAUCAAACUCACUGUUUCUGAUCAUGCUAAUUGCAACAGUGAUCAACUAAUUCCACCAAAACUUGAUCUUUCUUAUGAAGAAUUAGGUUCUAAGUUGGUGAAUUUCGCUAGGUCAAGAAACGUGACAUUGGAAUUCAGAGUAGUUUCUUCAAGUUACACAAAUGGUUUUGCUUCUUUGAUUGAACAUUUGAGGGUUCAACGUUUGGUUUAUUCAGGUGAAGCUUUGGUUAUAAAUUGUCACAUGAUGCUUCAUUAUAUUCCUGAUGAAACCCUAUCAAAUUCAAACUCAUAUGUUUAUGAUUCUAUGUCCUCUACUACUACUGCUACUACUAUUACUACUACUACUACGUCUCUUAGGUCAUUGUUUCUUAACGCGCUUCGAGGUUUAGAUCCAACACUUGUUAUUUUAGUAGAUGAAGAUGUUGAUUUAACUUCAAACAACUUGGUUAGUAGAUUAAGGUCCGCAUUUAAUUAUCUAUGGAUACCUUAUGAUACCGUGGACACAUUUCUACCGCGUGGAAGUAAGCAAAGGCAAUGGUAUGAAGCAGAUAUUUGUUGGAAGAUUGAAAAUGUGAUAGCUCAUGAAGGUGUUCAAAGAGUUGAGAGAGUUGAACCUAUAAGCAAAUGGGAACAAAGAAUGAGAAAUGCUAAUUUUCAAGGGAUUGGAUUUGGUGAGGAAUGUGUUGGUGAGGUGAAAGCUAUGCUUGAUGAACAUGCUGCUGGAUGGGGAUUGAAGAAAGAAGAUGAGCAUAUUGUGCUUACUUGGAAAGGCCAUAAUGUUGUUUUUGCUUCUGCUUGGUUACCUGCUUAACUAGUUCAACAUUUUUGCCUCUUUUUGUAUUCUAUGAAUAAUAAAGUUAUUGUUUUUCUAUUUAGUCUUUGGGUUUUAAUAAUAUUUGGUUAGUUUUUAUUGUAUUUUUUAAGAGUAAAUAAGUAGAUGAGAUGUUAUGUUUA